CUCACUUGUCGAACUCUCGGCAGACAUGUGCUUGUUGGUUCGUGUAGUGAAUGUACGUGGACGUUUUUUGACGUUUUGAUGUUGUAAAGCUGCGUGCAGUCUGUGUUUGGCCCACUGUCCCGCUGCUCGGCCACGAAUCGGACGCUCAGACGGCAUCUUGGGCCCGCGAGGCAUGCAUUGUGACUACUUUUUAGCCUAGUGAAGCGGAGCAGGCGGCGUGUCUCGUGCGAACCCUACCAAGCAGGUGGCCACAUAUUGCAAAAAACCUGGUCACGGCAAGAUGGCGGCGCAAGUCGCUGCUCAGGCUGAGGGGCCGCACUCGACGGCCCCCGGCGGCGCCGUCCCCCACAACUCGUACGCCAACGUGCUGCUCAACAUAAAGACGCCGCCGGUGGAGGCGGCCUCGCCGCCCCCGUCGGAGCCCGAGGUUGCCAAGGAGGCGGUCAAGGAGAACGGCCAUGCGGUGCAGCAUCCGCCGCACCACAACAACAACAACAGGGAGUUCCACCCCCGGCGCUUCAACCACCGGCACCACCACUUCAGCAAACAUUCCCACCACCACAACAACAACAACCACCACCACAAGAACAGCGAACCGACCCCCGAGGAGGACAAGGAGGUCGAGCCACCCCCGGUGGUCAAAUACGUCGAGGCCCCCCUGCCUAAGGUCAAUCCGUGGAUGGCCAAGAAAGGCGCGGCCACCCCUGUGGAGAAGGAGCCUCCCAAAGAGGCCCCCAGCCCCUUGGCAGCAGCAGCCGCCCCCGCCACCGCCCCCAAAGUCACUUCGCCGGCCACUUUGGCGUCCAUAGUUGCUGACAAGCGAAACCUCUUCAGCGUGCCACUUGAGAAUGGCGUGUCUGCAGCAGCAACGCAUGAGCCGUCGCCGGCGGUGAAACCGGUGGCGGCCGCUUUGAGCGCCAAGAAGGCCCAGGACUUUCACCGGGACAUGGAAAACUGGCCCACCCUAGGUGCGGCCACGCCGGCUGAUAAAAAGCAAGGUUCACCGGCGCACAGUGUCGAACUGACUGAUCCAAGCCUGGCUGAACAAAACGGUCACAUGGACAGAGAAGACAGUCCAUCAGACGACUUCAGGCACGAGACGGCCACCAACUCCUCUGGCUCAUCAGAAAACGAGUCUUCAAGAAGGAAAAAAGGUGGUCCCAGACCCAAGUGGGUUCCUUUGGAAAUCGAGCAGUCCAAGUCGAGGAACAAACGUGAAAAAUCACACGAUCACAACCAUAGGAAUUCAGAUUAUGAUCACGGAGAUUGGCAUAAUGAUCAAGGACGUGGCAAGGGUGGUCCCAGGAGGACCAAUAAUGGAAGGGGCCGUGGAAGAGGUCGUGGUGGUGGUAUGAACAGAGGCAUGCCGAGGACAAACGGCAAAAUUGAAUACACAGAAGAAUAUCCUGUGGACUGGUCUACGGUCGAGUUCCCCCAAGGCAACAAGUUCAAUGGCCAGCCUGCUGAAGGCAUGGGCUUCAUGAUGCCGUAUGUGAACCCUUUCUUCUACAACAAUGGACUGCAGCUAGACGAGGCCAUGCUUAAAGAAUACAUUAAGAAGCAAAUCGAGUACUACUUCAGUGAAGAAAAUCUGGUCCGCGACUUUUUCUUAAGGCGCAAAAUGGACUCUGAAGGUUAUCUGCCGGUGACCCUUAUAGCCUCCUUCCACCGUGUUCAGGCUCUCACUCAUGACUUUGCCAAAGUGAUUGAGGCCAUAAAAGACUCAACUUUGUUGGACAUCUGUGAUGAUGUCAAGGUUCGGACUAAAAUUGACCCUGACAAAUGGCCCAUAAAUGACCCGGGUGGUUUGGCACCUGCAUUGCCAAUCAUCAUCAACAACCAAAUUCCAACUCUCGGAGUGGAAAGCAGCAUAGAAAAUCUGAACCCAGAUGUGCCCGAGUUCAUUCCGAGCAGCGCCAUUUUGGAAAAUGGAAACCAUCACUCGCCUGAGCCUGAUGACCUUAUUGAAGACGAAUUAGAGGAAUAUGGAGAGCAAAUAGUGCCUGAAGCAAUAAAAGUUCCAGCUCGAAAAAGCAACUUGCCGCCACCUCCAGCCAGUCUUCCUCCGCUCUCAACUCCUACAAUCAUUGCCCAAAAUACACCUAAAGCUGUGCCAGAAUCCUGGCAAGAGGUCAAGCGGAAAGCAAAGCAUCCGCCCAAGGACAAAUUUGAUGAGCGAGAGAACAGGAAAUCAGAAAGCCGAGAGGACAUAGAUUUUCAGUUUGACGAGGACAUGAAUGUUCCCGCAGGCCGGGUCAAUAAAUUCACGGACUUAGCCGAAGACGACUCCGACGAUUACGAACUGAGUGACCAAGAAAUCAACAAGUUGCUCAUUGUGACACAGGUCAUUGACCAAAACACCUCUCCCAACAUCCCCCAAACAUCUCUGCCGUCCAGAAUUCCCAAACAUGAUGGGUACGACCGGACAGGCGAUCAUUGCACCAGAGUGAAAUUGAGCCAAGAACUAGCCCAAGUCAUCAACGAUGGCCUCAACUAUUACGAAGACGACUUGUGGGACGACGACCUGGAAACUGUUACUAUCCAGCCUGGUAGCUACAAAACUGUUAAUGUGAUCACCCAAGAGACUUUUGACAAAUUCACACCUCCACGGCCAACCAUUUCAAACCCAGAUAAACCUCCUAAGCCCCCGUCUUCCAGUUUAGUCGAUGAAAUUACUCAGGAGGCAGCAAGCACAGAACAAGUCCGAUCAAGGACACAGAGACAAAGAAAAGAACAUCAGCGACGCCAACCGCACUUCUACCCCGUUGUCAAGGAGGAAUCUUUGCCCGACCCUUGCACACCUCGCAAGAGGAAAACAAAACACAGCAGUAAUCCUCCAGUUGAGCAUCAUGUCGGCUGGGUCAUGGACGUCCGGGAACACAGGCCGAGGACCACCUCAGUCAGUAGUACUGGUACAAGUCCAAGCGAGAGCUACCUUUCAACCAGCUUAGGAAGUACGCCUCAGUCAUUGCCCGCUUUCCAGCACCCAUCACACAUGCUCCUCAAAGAAAAUGGAUUCACUCAGCAAGUCUAUCACAAAUAUCAUUCGAGAUGUCUCAAAGAGAGAAAACGCCUCGGCAGCGGCCAAUCACAGGAGAUGAACACACUCUUCCGGUUUUGGUCUUUCUUCCUAAGGGAGAACUUCAACAAAAAAAUGUAUAACGAGUUCAAGACUCUGGCUGUUGAGGACGCUUCUUUUGGAUUCAGAUACGGUCUUGAGUGUCUAUUCAGAUUCUUCAGCUACGGUCUAGAAUUCAAAUUCAGGCCGGAGCUAUACAAGAACUUCCAAGAGGAAACGAUUCGUGAUUAUGAAAAUGGCCAAUUAUAUGGUUUGGAGAAAUUCUGGGCUUUCUUAAAAUAUUACAAAAAGAGCAACUCAUUACAAGUGGACGACAAACUCAAAGAGUAUUUGUCGAAAUUCAAAAGCAUAGAGGACUUCAGAGUCGUGCAGCCUGAGGAGGACUAUGAGAUGCGAGUGCGUCACUUGCGGAAUCAGUACGGCCGUCCGGGCUUCAGUCGGAUGCGCUCUGUUUCCGAAAGCCAGAGUGACAUGCGCAAGGCUGUUUUGGGUCCCAACCGGUUCAACCGCGUGCGGCGACUCUCGGGGAGCGCCAAUGUGGCCGAGCAGGAAGCUGGCAUGAGCCGAAGCAACUCGCUGGGUGACACGCGGGCAAAGAAAAAGCCUUCGGCGACGUCGGCAGCUUCGGCCACUGGCGGCAAGUAGAGGCAAUGUGAUACAGACUCCCUUCUUAAGCACCAGCAGAUUCGUUUAUUUUUUAGACAGCUUCUAAGGAAUUUAGCUAAAUUCGCUCGCACCGGGAACGACAAAUUUAUAUUUAAAAAAAAAAAAGGAAAGAAUAACAAGGUGGGAAGGGGCACCCGGAUUUUGAGUGUUUGAUGUACAUAAUUCUGCGGACAUACUACAACUUCAUCGAUCGAUCGAUUUUUAUUUUCGUUUGUUACUUUUUAUGUAGAUAAUGAUAGGGUUUUGUGUUUCCUAAUUUGUAGGGUUCUCGCGUUUGGUUGAAUCAAAGUAACUCUGGUGACAUCCUGUGCAAUUUCUUGACGAUGAUCACGAAUCAUGUUUUUUUUUCCGUUGAGGUGUUAUUGCUCAAAUCAGUCAUUGAUUUUGUUGUAAAUUGUAUUGAUCAAGCCAAUGCCAUAACAAGUAGAUGACUUUGCUCCCGAACUGUUUGCUCCGGACGUGGGCGACUGAAUUCACGAAAGAGGUUGUAAAUCUGCUUUCUGCAUUUUCUCCGGCGAAAAAUUCUAAAAGAGCUGCAUUUUUUUUAACUCUCCCCUUCAAACCCACCUAUUUCUGCGUAAAACGUUCAGGCUGCCCUUUGGAUCUGGAGUGAUUUCACUUUCGGGAGCAGUGUAGAACUAUUAUUAUGAAUAAAACUUCUUAAUAUAUAUUGAUUUGAUAUAAAUUAGUAAGUCUUACUAAGUAACUGGUUUGUGCUACUUACAUCGACUGAAUCCAGCUUGUGUCCAGUCUCACUCAGUCAUCUCAAUCGGCUCAAUUUCCCGCAACUAGCUAGCUCAAGUGCCUUUGUUGUUUUUUGCAGUAAUUCAAUUAUGCCACCUUGUGAUAAAAAGAACGGCACACAUCGUGAACAAGAAGUAAUUUUGGUGUAAAGAUUUAAAUCAACCGCUCUUUUUUGACGAGUAAUAUAUACAUUAGAAACUUUUUGUGUCUAAUUGCAAGUUUAAAACAUAGAGUGUGCUUCUAUCCAUCUUCCGUGGGGUUUGUCACUUCUCAUCCUUUUCCUCCUCCUCCACCUUUUAUAUUCUCUCUCUUCUAAUGUAUUGUCUACAAAUAGUGUUUGUGCAAAAACUUACAUGCAUACAAUAAGAUUGUCCUUUAUUUUGUUAUGACUAUAAUAUAUAUAUUUCUAGGGAAUAUAUUAUGAUGAGAUAUAUAAUGAUGAUCAUAGGCUUACUGUCUUUCUCUCUCUCACACACAAACACACCGGCAGAGUUUAGGUGCCCUAGUAUGUAUACUAAUUGCAAGUUUUGCGUAGUGGACACAGCUAAGCAGCAGCAACUUUAUUAUAUAAUUAAAAUAAUUGUUAUCAUUUGACUCAAUUUUUUUUUUCAAUCGUUCGUAAUUUUUUUGUUUAUUCGGUCUACCGGAUCUCUCUCUUGGUCAGGCAAUUCUAAAUUGACGACUCUAAUAUUUUUACGUUUAUAAUGAUCAAAAAUAUGUUUCUUUUUUUAAAUUCCACUGGACGUGUGUUUUACUGCAUUACGAUGAUGAAUAUUGUUAUUGGAAAGUCGUUUAAUAUGAACUAUUGUGAAUACAUCAAUCAUUUAAGUAAUAAAUCCUAUAUCUUAAUAUGUACAGUGAAA